AUGACGGACUCGCGCCUGCGCCAGGACGAAGAGCACAGCAACGACCUGGAGAACGCGCUCAUCCGGCUGGAGGAGGAGCAGCAAAGGAGUGCCAGCCUGGCCCAGGUCAACGCCAUGCUGCGGGAGCAGCUGGACCAGGCCAAUGCCGCCAACCAGGCCCUCAGCGAGGACAUCCGGAAGCUGACGACCGACUGGACCAAAGCUCGCAACGAGCUGGAGCAGCGGGAGGUGGAGUGGAGGCGAGAGGAGGAGUCUUUCAACACCUACUUCAGCAACGAGCACAGCCGGCUGCUGACCCUCUGGAGGCAGGUGGUGGGCUUCCGGCGCCACUUCAGUGAGAUGAAGACCAUGAGCGAGAGGGACCUGUCGGAGCUGAACAACGCGCUGUCCAGGUCCAGCCGCACCAUCCACGCCGCCUGCCUGAACCUGAGCAGCAACCUGCGUCUGUCGGAGAGCAGCGCCGGCGCGGCCCUGGAGAAGCAGGCUCUGCUGCUGGCCCAGCUGGAGGAGCAGCUGAAGGACAAGGUGCGCGACAUGAUCCAGCUGCAGGUCAGGUGCGACAUGGAGAAAGCGGAGCUCGGCACCAGAAUCGCUGAGACGACGGCCACCAUGGAACGCUUGAAAGCCCAGAACUUGGAGAAGGAGAAGACGAUCGAGACGCUGACCCAGAAGCUGGAAACUCUGGAGGCCGCGCGGGCGCAGGAGCAGGCAGCGCUGGAGGCCGAGGAGAUCGAGGCCUUGCGGACGGAGUCGGAGAUGCUCCAGCAGACGCUGCGAGACCUUGCUCAG